UCUAGCUAUAUUUCACUUGGUCAAAAAAGCCUCUAGCGCCAUCAUAUUAAUCACACUAAAUAACGUACCUUUUCAGCAUUUGUUUUAAAGUUUAGUCUGCCUUUCUGUAUGAAGUAAAAGUAUGAACAUUUGAAAUGAAUGCUCCAUUUCAAACGAAUGAGAGUGAAUGUUGGAGUUUGUACACGGGCAUGACGAUCGAAAUCAUGAAGCAACCGGACUUUUUCAAGAACCCGCUUAUUAUUGUUACUUACUUCAACGUGGUUUUGUCCAUUUCGGCAACACUUGGAAAUGGAUUGAUUAUCGUCGCCAUCUUGAGAUCCCAGAGACUCAGAACGCCUUCUUACCUACUGAUAACAAGUUUGGCGUUCACAGAUCUUCUGAUCGGAUUGGUGUAUCAUCCGUUUACAGCUGUCCUUCUUGUUCUUAUGCUGAAUGGGGAUAUACAAGAAUUUUGUAAUAACGCUUUUAUUUUGACCGGGAACUCUCUAAGCGGUUUUCUUUUGCUAGUCUCACUCGUUAUGAAUGCUUUCAUCAGUAUCGACAGAUAUCUGGCGUUGAGUCUAAGACACCGAUAUAGAAUUUAUGUCACGAAGAAGCGAGCUCGUAUCGUUAUCAUAUUUGGAUGGGUUGGRUGUCCUUUUAUUUUUCUUUUAAUCAAUGUUACCUCGAAGUCGGAAAAYCGAGAUUUAUURCGGAGCCUUGUGUUAGUUWYWAUUACAUUUGCAGCASUAAUUCUCAGCAUUUCUCUUUACGUUAUGUCCUUUGUAACYCUUCAUCGUUACACAUCACAAGUGCACGUCCAACAGCUCCACUCAACUACWUCAAACGGCAACUUUGAUGUUGCAAAAUACAGAAAAACGUUAAAGACGAUGGUCGGCAUAUUGGGAUGUUUUAUACUUUGUUCCGGUGGUCUACUAGUAGCAAACAUUGCUUUUCUUAUUACUGAUGAAUUUGAUCAAUUUUCAGUCUUAGUCCUUAUUGUUAGCUAUACAUUAUUUGGUGCUUGUUCCAGUAUUAAUCCAGUUAUUUAUUUGACCAGAUUUAAAGAUAUCGGGCAAGAGAGUAAGCAGCUUUUACUGAAAAUGUGUUGAGAAAAUGCUAAGAGAAAAACAAUAUGCGCCCAUGUAUAUUAAAUAUCCUCAAUUUAUACGAUCCAAGGAAGAUUCAGGUCGCUUACGACGCUUUCACGCAAGAUUGAUUCAUGAAAGGGGAUAUCUAUCUUAAGCUAGGAUAUGGGUGUGACAAGGAUAACUUUACAUAAAAUGGUGGGAACUAGCGGUAAACUAGUGUGAGCUGCGUCGGUGUUUCUAA